AGUCCCACCCACAAUUAUUGUUCUUUUUUGUGGGUGGGACUGUAUGCAUAUAGCUUUGCAGAUAUAAAGUGUCCACGAUGUCUACAUCUACCAGCCUGGAAGCCUGACAGACUGGAUCUAACAGAACACGAUUAUGAUAGCUCGGUUUCGCUCCUUAUUUGGUCGGCCAUCAUCAGUUGAACCAUCAGGUGAACCACCACCUCGUUGGGGUCAAUUCUCUACUGCAGCUGAUGGACGCCAUUACAUGUGGAGGGGGCUUGGUCCAGGAUUGGGGUCUAACAUCAUUGCUGUGUAUGAUCCAAGCACUGAGCUGUGGAGCCUCUUGCCCACCACUGGACCUCUACCCCCUGGAGAGUAUGGUGGUUGCUCUGUUUGUGUAGGUCGUUGCCUGUACACCUUUGGUGGUCAGUAUGGAUCUUCUUACUUCAAUGACAUGAGCAAGCUUGAUCUGAACACUCUCCAGUGGACCAAAGUUCAAACCUCUGGUAGUCAGCCCAUGAAAAAGGCUUACUGUGGACUUGUCCGUGUGAAUGAGAGAACUCUGUGCUGCUUUGGAGGAAAAGGUUUUGAGGGCAUCACUAACGAGUUCCAUUUCUUUGACACGCAAAAAGGUGUCUGGUCGUCCCCUGAGCUCAUAGGAGAAAGACCUUCUCCCUGUAGUGACUUCACCUUCACCAUGGUGGACCAGCACAGGGCAGUCCUCUUUGGAGGGGACCAACCUGGUCAUGGUGGUAGGCUCAAUGAUGUCUAUUUGUUAGACUUUAGGACCAUGGAGGUCACUAAGGUGAAGCCAGUACAGGGAGAGCCAUGGCCAGUGGAGAGGUCAGCCCAUGCUGCCUGUUGUCUCAACUAUGGCCAGGACCACCCUCAACUACUGGUGUACGGAGGGCGGGGUAAAAGCAGAGAUACACUGGAGGACAUGUGGAUGCUGGAUGUUGACAUUGGAAAGUGGACAGCGGUGACACCUCCUGAGUCAAUGACACCACGUCACCUCCACUCCAUCACUGCCACCAGUCUGGGACCAGGACUCACUGAGGUCCUCGUGUUUGGAGGCCUUUCAGAGAAUAAUGAGACCGUUGCUCAGACCACCAUACUGAGAUUCGGUGAGCAGACACUAGUAGAUUCUACAUGCAGCCUUGACAACUAUUGUCUGAUAGAAAAAUCCUCAGCUGGGAAUUGGGCUCUCGUGGAUGUGGCCCACAACGACACUAGAGGCUCCGCCCAGCGACUGAGAGAGAAGAAGAUCAGCAGACAAGCAACUGCUCGUGCCUCAUCAGUCAGUGAGACCAGCGACCACUCCUCUCAAGACCGGGUGAGGGCUCUGGAACAACAGUUACGAGCAGCAGAGCAGAGAGAGCACGACACUCAACGUCACCACCAACUACAGUUGCAAGAGAAAGAUCGAGAAUUAGCUACAAAAGAUCGAGAAUUGGCUACAAAAGAUUGUGAAUUGACUGAGGCCAACCAUCGUUAUGGAGAUGCGGAGGAAAGAGCACAGCUGGCAGAGCAAAGAGAGCAAACUACACAAUUACUGUUACAAGUGAAAUAUCGAGAAUUGGCUAUUAAAGAUCGUAAAUUGGCUCAGGCCAGCAGAAGAGAAGCUGACCUGUCUCCAGCUCUAGUGAGGGAGUUAGAAGGCAAGACGAAAGAGUUGGCAGCACACAACACAGAGGUGUGGAGGAUUCCGGCCAACAGAGUGAUCAUUGGCAGGAGGAUUGGCAAAGGAGGGUGGGGGGAGGUGCUGGAGGGAACAGUGAGCGUGGCCGUCAAGCGACUACACGAAGAAAUUGCCUACCCAAUUCACAUUGAAAAAAUGGAGAGAGAAAUGAAGCUAUUGGCUGAAGUGCGACACCCAAACCUUGUGCAAUUCAUUGGUGCUAUUUUUGAUGAUCAAAACAAUAAAUCCCCUCCUAUUCUCGUCACCGAGCUUCUGGACAUGAAUCUCCGACAAGCGUACGAGAGGAAUCAACUGGACCCAGGAAACCGCCUCUCGAUCUUCAUGGACAUUGCCCUAGCUCUGAACUACCUGCACCAGCGCUACGAUCCCAUCAUCCACCGUGAUGUGAGUGCUCCCAACGUCCUCCUCCAGCGAAUGCCCAACCACCAGUGGAAGGGGAAGGUCUCUGACCUCGGCUCAGCCAACUUCCUGCAGCAUGCUCACACAAAAGGUGAAGGAUGCGUACUUUAUUCAGCCCCUGAAGUGAUACCUCGAGCUUACAAUCAAAGAGGAGAGCUAAUUCCACAAACAACUAAGAUUGAUGUGUACAGCUACGGUGUUUUGUUAUGCGAGGUCAUCACUAGCACUUUUCCAUCAGAAGAAAAUUACUUGGGUAUGCUUAAAGAAGUCGAAAAAGACUAUCCACAAUUCCACGAUCUGAUUGCUAACUGCACUCAAGAGAGCCCCGACAACCGACCAACUAUGGCUCAAGUUCUGAACAUGUUAGAAGUAGAAGAUGACAAAAUACCAAGAAUUUAGCUAUAGAACAUAAUUGUGUAUGAGUGUGUGUAUUUAAUUUGUUUCCUUAGUUUGUUUCUACUGAUAAUUAUGCUCUUAUUUUGGAACCAUUUUCUGCACUAAUUAUGUUGUUAUAAAUAAUGUACUCUAUAUAUAAUUAUUUUGUGCAGUACAAUUUUCUGUGUUUUUCGAGGGUAUAUAAAGCGAAAAUAAAAUUUUAUCUCAUUACA